AUGCUGCUGUUGUGUGUGGCCUGGCUGGGCCUCGUGUCCCUGGGUUGGGACCAGGGCUGUUCAGCCGUCAGCACUACCAGAGCCCAGGGAGGCCUCAGGGGACGCAUACAGAGGGACCGCAGGAACAUCAGGCCCAACAUCAUCCUCAUCAUGACCGACGAUCAGGACACAGAGCUGGGUUCUCUCCAGGUGAUGAAUAAGACUCGUAAGAUAAUGGAGAAUGGAGGCACCUCAUUCACCAACGCCUUUGUGACCACGCCCAUGUGCUGUCCGUCUCGCUCGUCCAUGCUGACAGGGAAGUAUGUUCACAAUCACAACACAUACACCAACAAUGAGAACUGUUCCUCACCGUCCUGGCAGGCUCAGCAUGAACCACGCUCCUUCGCUGUCUACCUCAACAACACAGGAUACAGGACAGCGUUCUUUGGGAAGUAUCUGAAUGAGUACAACGGGAGCUACAUCCCUCCUGGGUGGCGUGAAUGGGUCGGGCUCGUAAAAAAUUCCCGCUUUUAUAAUUACACCGUUUGUCGGAACGGGUACAAGGAGAAACACGGCGUGGAGUAUUCCAAGGACUAUUUCACGGACCUGAUCACCAACGACAGUAUCAACUUCUUCCGUAUGUCCAAGAAGGUGUACCCUCACCGGCCAGUGAUGAUGGUCAUCACCCACGCUGCCCCCCACGGGCCGGAGGACUCAGCCCCGCAAUACUCAGAGAUGUUCCCUAAUGCCUCCCAACACAUCACCCCCAGUUAUAACUACGCCCCCAACAUGGAUAAACACUGGAUCAUGCAGUACACCGGUCCCAUGAGACCCAUCCACAUGGAGUUCACUAACUUCCUGCACAGAAAGAGACUGCAAACACUCAUGUCAGUGGAUGACUCUGUACAGAAGGUAUAUGAAAUGUUGGUAGAGAGUGGGGAACUGGACAACACCUACAUAAUCUACACAGCUGACCACGGCUAUCACAUCGGCCAGUUUGGGCUGGUCAAGGGGAAGUCCAUGCCCUACGACUUUGACAUCCGAGUGCCCUUCUUCCUCCGCGGGCCCAACGUCGAGCCUGGAGCAGUUAACACUCAGCUGGUGUUGAACAUUGAUCUGGCCCCCACCAUACUGCACAUGGCUGGGCUGGAUACGCCGCCAGACAUGGACGGGAAGUCCAUCCUCAAACUACUGGAACAAGACAAGACUGGAAACAGGUUCAAACGCAAUCGGAAACCCACAGUCUGGAGAGACACAUUCCUGGUGGAGAGAGGUAAACUCCUGAGGAAGAAGGAGGACAGAGGCGGUAGUUCAACCACCCAGAACACCAACAGCCUGCCCAAAUACAAGAAGGUCAAAGAGGUGUGUCAACAGGCAGAGUUCCAGACACCUUGUGAACAGCCUGGACAGAAGUGGCACUGUGUGGAGGAGAUCACGGGGAAGUGGCGGAUCCAGAAGUGUAAAGGAGGUGGACUGAAGGAGGGUCCUAGGAAGAGGGCCUCCAGCCUGAGGCCUCACAGCAGCUACAACAGUAGAGAGAGGGAACCCUGCGACUGUGGCCCUGACCGACCGGGACGCUCACACCGCCAGUUCCCACCCUCCUCAGGAGAACCAGGAUACAGGCCUCGUUUCGUCCAUACUCGACCCACCAGAUCUCUGUCCGUGGAGUUCGAAGGGCAGAUCUAUGACGUUGACCUCGCGGCAGACAACCAGUCAGCCGUGCAGAGACGUGUCAUCAGAAAGCGCCACUAUGAGCAGGAGGACCCCGAGUUUGCGUUGGAGUCAGACGACAGGUCAGAGGAGAUGCUGGCGGAUGAUACCAACGCCGUGGGGUACCCGAACUCUGUCAAGGUCACACACAAGUGUUACUUCCUGAUGAAUGACACAGUCCACUGUGAGAGAGAGAUCUACUCCUCCUCGAGAGCCUGGAAGGACCAUAAGAGCUAUGUGGACCAGGAG